AUGUUAAGGAUUAAACAUGUACUUGUAGGUGUCCCAAAAGAACAUCUACCCAAUGAAAAUACGACUAAUCUGAAUCCAGGUUCCAUGGUUCCUCCUCCAGCAGUAACCCAUCCAAAUUUUGUCAAUAGCACAUUUUAUCACUUUACGACAUGUGGGGCUACUGGAAGAACUGGUCCAUCUCCUGACCAAUGUCAUGAGGCUUACAACAAUAGUGAUGUGAAAGUAGUAGUUAUCUCUAAAAAGCCAAUGUUGGGAAUACAACAAUGGAUAGUUCCAGAGAGUAAUUAUUAUACUAUCAUCGCUAGAGGGGCAAGUGGUGGAUUGGGAAGUGGUAACGUAGGACACAGCAGAGGAACCCAUGUUCGUUCAGUGAUAGAACUUCAUAAAGGAACCAGAAUAUACAUACUGGUUGGCCAACAAGGAACAAGAGCAUGCUUUAAAAGUUUCUCGAGCCACAAGAAAACUCCUUGUCAAGACUCAAAUCAUUCAAGUAAAAGUUAUAAAGAUAAGCUUGCUGAAAUUUCAAAGUUACCAUUUCUCUCUGAGGGUGGAGGUGGUGGUGGCGCAACUUAUAUAUUUACUGUAUCGAGGAAAGGAGAGAGAACACCUUUGGUUGUUGCUGGAGGUGGAGGAGCUGGUGGUGGCUGGUUUCGCUCAAAUCAUACAAACGAUGAAAAAACUGGUUAUGCUUUGGCUCAAGGUGGUUAUGGAGGUAAAGCUUGUUAUAACAGCACUGAUAGUCAAAUGGGAGCUGGUGGCUUUGGCGGAGGUGGGGGCGGUGGAGCAUGGUCACAAAAAGGUGAUUAUGGAGAAGGCGGUUAUUCUUGGAUUCAAGAUGGGAUGCUGCAAGAUAUAGUUUCUGGAGGCAGUGAAUCUGGUCCUGGAGAGGCCUACAUAAUUCCAGCAAUAACCGGAUGUGAUUGCCAAUACAGAUGUAUUGCACUAGAUACCAUUCGGUCUUCAGUUCUCUGUAUCUGCCCUUCAGGAUGGUAUCUCGGCAAUGAUUCAACAUCAUGCAUUUAUAAUCGAUACCAGAAGAAGAAGAACUCUAUAUUAAGACGACAAGCAAUAUCUGGACCUGAUUUACAAUUGAAUAGGCUGAGAGUUGCAUCAGAUAGUAUGAUGACUGAAUAUAAUCCAAACUACGAAUUUGGUGGUAAUGCUAUAAGCAUAAAGGAUCUUAAAGAGAUUCCUAGAGAACAGCUGCGCCUCGUAAAAGCUCUUGGGCAAGGAGCUUUUGGUGAAGUGUACCAAGGUUUUUUCAGACACAGAAUAGGAGAUGCAGUUGAAAUGCCUGUUGCUGUUAAGACACUUCCUGAACUGUCAUCGACUCAGGCAGAAACUGAUUUCCUGAUGGAGGCACUUAUAAUGAGCAAAUUUAACCACCCUAAUAUUGUUCACUUUAUAGGAGUUUGCUUUGAUAAGCAUCCUCGGUUUAUUGUGAUUGAAUUAUUAGCAGGUGGUGAUCUGAAAACAUUCCUAAGAGAGUCCCGUCCUAAACCAGAUCGGGCAUCUCCUUUAACAAUGAAAGACUUGUUGAUUUGUAUUGUUGAUGUUGCAAAAGGUUGUAAAUAUAUGGAAGAAAAUAGAUUUAUACAUAGGGAUAUAGCAGCUAGAAACUGCCUUUUAACUACAAAAGGCCCAGGGCGAGUAGUAAAAAUAGCAGAUUUUGGAAUGGCUCGUGACAUAUAUAGGGCUGACUAUUACAGAAAAGGUGGUAAAGCAAUGUUACCCAUAAAGUGGAUGCCACCAGAAGCAUUCCUGGAUGGUAUCUUUACCACUAAGACUGAUGUUUGGUCCUUUGGAGUUUUAAUGUGGGAAGUGAUGUCAUUAGGAUAUAUGCCAUACACAGGGUGUGCGAAUAGAGAAGUCAUGUCUCUUGUUACAAGUGGAGGAAGAUUAGAGCCUCCAACAAACUGUCCACCACAACUGUAUGCGAUCAUGACACAAUGUUGGCACCCUAAUCCAGAAGAAAGGCCCUCAUUUUCUUUAAUAUUAGAAAGGCUAGGAUACUGCAUGCAAGAUCCUGAUGUAAUAAGAGCUCCAUUGCCAGUAUAUGCCAAACCUCCAUCUUCCGAAAGGGACACAACAAUAAUGAGGCCUACUGGUCAGGAGGAAUGUAUUCAACCAGAUUAUCUCGUCCCAUUGACUGGUCCACCAGACUGGGAGCUUGGAAAUAAUCUUCCCGAGUCACGAUCUACACAGCCACUUCUCGACAACUCCUCUUCUAGUGGGGCUGGUUCCCCAGCGACCAAUAACAAUAAUCCUUUGAGCACUAUACCUGAAAAACCUUUCCAUACUAACCAUAUAGCUGACCAGGGUGUUUUUAUUAUAUCAUCAAACUUGAAAGCUGACACUGAAAUAUCAUGUUAAGGUUCUAUGGAAGAUAGAAGCCAGUGUAGUACAGGGUAUACUGAACUAUAAAACAAAGUCUAGUGGCUAACCAAAGUAUAUUUUUGAAUUUUCUGAAAAGGUAAAGUAAUGGAUUGUAAUACAGAGUGAAAGUAUGCAUAACAUAUAAAAUCGCCCAAUAAAGAACAAUGGCCUAUAUUAUUUUCACAAGAGAAUUUGCAUAUUCUCUAGUUGUUUUCCAAUAACAUUAAUAAUUUACUUCAUGCUUCUGCAAUCAUCAGUUAUUCAAAAAUAAAAAAGGGUGUAGUGAUGGUUGCCGUGAUAUAAUAUGAGGAGGAGUUGGUCGGGAGGUGCGGUUAAAUAAAUACUAAAUUGUUAAAAUAAUAUUUUAUUCGUAUAAUAUUUGACCACUCUGUAGGUCUUCAUCAGGCUACAAAAGAUACAAAUAAAAGGUACAUAAUGAAAAUUGAAUCAUGCAAUCAUCCAUAGUGAACAUUUAAAAAGUUAUAUAGUGAAAAUUCAUUCAUUUUAUUUUCGCUAUGCACCUUUUAUUUGUGUUUUUUGUAGCCCUGAUGAAGACCUACAAAGUGGGUCGAAACAUUGAUGUAACGAAUAAAAUACUAUUUGAACAAUUUAGUAUUUAUUUGACCGCACGUCCUGACCAACUCCAUAUAUAUACAAAGAUCUUUUAAAAUGAUAAUUAAUUUCAACUUGAAUGAUUUUAAUUGAUUCAAAAUGUCAUAAUUGUUUAACAAUAAAACAUAUUUUAUAUGAUGAUUGUAUGUUGCUUAAUAUUAGAGCAUUUACAACAUAUUGUUUUUUGUUACUGCCUAUAAAAAUUUAUAUUUUUAUCUACAUAAUUUUUAAGGUUUUUUUUUUAGAUUAAGUUUUAAGCAAAAUUGAUAGGCAUGCAAUACAUAAUAGUAAAUCAUAAAAUAUUUCAGUUUGUUUUAGAUUCAAUAUGUAUAAAGUUUAACAAUUCAGCCAAAGUGUAAAACAACAAUCCUUUUUUUUUAAUUGUCAAAGAAUGAAACAUAGAUUUAAUAAUAAAACCCAUAAUAUUUAUUACAAUUAUCUGAUAAGAUCUAAGUUCAUUUUCAUGAACAGUAAAAGUAUUUAUUUUUUUUCAAUAGAUUGUGAUAUCUUGUAAAAUUGUUUAUACCAAGAUUUUAGGUUAAGAAAUUGUUUUUUAAACAACCACAUAUACAUUCAUAUCUUAAUGGUAUUGAUGUUAUAACGCAUCGUUUCUCAACCUGUUUUUUACUGUAAUUACUUAGAACUUAUUUGUUUCCUAGUUACAUCUCAUCUCCAAUUUUAAUAAGUGAAAAAGUGUUUACCUAUUCCAAAGUUACAUUUAUCAAUGUAAUAAUAGUGUAUUAUAGUUUUUUAACAUUUUAAUGAAUAUAUAUUACCUAUAAGUUUAUAAUGAUCAAGAAAAGUUUAUAUACAUGAACAUUUCUUGAUCAUUGUGGCUGUUAAACAAAAGUGAGCUUUUUUAAGUUCCAUUCUAUUUAGGGAAAGAUUACCAAAGAUCAUCACCACCCAUUGCAACAAUGACUCCAAGGAUUUUAAUAAUUAUCUCAUAAGGCUGAAUCCAGUUUUGAUGAUGGUGUGUUGUUUAAGGUUUAAAUAAAAAUACAGUUGAGUCCACCAUAACAGUAGCAAUAAGAAAAGCAUUAGCAAUAUCAAUGAUAUUGGCUUAAGACUCCUCUUCUGCAAUCAAAUCUUUGUUUAUAAGACAAAGUUAAUGAUUUCAGCAGAAAAAUAUCAAUUUUAUCAUUGUAGCACCGUUAUCAAUAUUAUUGUGAUAUUCUAUAUAGUCUCUUUUAUUUUAUCUAAGGUCAAUAAGUAGCAAGCAGGUAAUAUUUUAUCACUGAUAAAACACUGAAACCUUACGUGAAUGAUUUGGAAAGAUGAAUCAAAGAAUCAUGAAACACUUCUAUUCGCUGUUAUUUUUAUACUUAUGUUUUAAUUUCUUGUGUUCCUUUAGGGUCCAAUAUUUUCCUCUGUGUCCUCAAGAGAACCCUAACCCUCCAGGUUGAGAACCUGUGCUAUAAUUGCCUGAUAAUUCCAAGGUGAUUUCUUACACCAAAUUAAGAGCUAUUAAUAAAAGUGGAUUAAAAUAGUAUCAUAAGGAUCAUAUAUGAAAGCCUUUAUUUCGAAUACAAUGAAAGUGAAUUCUAAAUGAUUAAAGUAUAAAAUUGUUAUUGUUGAAUUUUUUUUCUUUAAUGAUAGUUAUAAUAUUUAAUGUAUAGCAAUAUAGAGUUACAAGUUCAUUCAACAAGAGUAAUAACCUUAAUAACAAUUUAAAUUAUGAUACAAAUAUUACAUCCCUGGAAAUCUGCAAUAAUUGGUGGAAAAAGAAUGGAACAAUUAUUGUAGUUGAAAUUAUCAUAAAUGAAGAUUAAAUUAUAAAUCAUUCUCCAUCAAACUUAUGUUUCAUUCUUGUGGAUGUGUGGAACUGGACUUGUCAUUCAGACAGCAUUAUGAGUAAAAUUCACUUUGUUUAAAAAAAUAAAUAAAUUAAGGUAGUUACUGUGUAAUAUGCUUUAGUAUAGUAAAUGCUCAUUAUAUAUAUGAACGUAUAUAUAAUAUAUAUUUUCAAUAAAGAUGGAAAAAUAUAGGAUAUGAUUUGUUGUAUUUAUAAAAAACUCAUGUGUAUUUAUGUACAAAAUAAAUUCUAAUAAAGAUGUAUAUAUAUAUUCCAAGGAAAUGUUCUGUAAAAAUAUAUUUUUAUUUUAUUUUACUUUUUAGUUAUAUAAUUUAUUAUUUGUUUUUGUCAGAUGUUAUACUGAUAAGUAUAAGUGAUUUUGGAAUUUUUGUACUGAAAUUUUAACAAAAAUAUUUAUAAAGAAGUUACCAUUAAUAUAUGUUAGUUAUAUACAUAUGAUCUAUAUUGUACGUAUAGAUAGAUAUAUCCAUUUUAACUCAGAAAUAUUAAAUGAAAGUAAACUCAUAACAUUUAUAUUACACAAAAAAGCUUUAAAUGUCAAAAUAAAAUGGGUCUUUUGAAAAAAAAAUAAAUAAAGAAAAUAGUUUAAAUAAAAUUUAUUCGAUUUUAAUUGUAAAAAUGUCUCUCAGGAAUGAAUGUUUUUUUAUCCACAUAAUUUAUAUUUAUUUUGAAAUGACAAUAUUGAAAAUAUUAUUGAGAAAAAAAAAGUGCAAAUAAAAAUUGUUUAUUAAAAAGUUGUUUUCCUCGGCAUCUUAAUAACUUUUUAAAAAUGAAAAAAUAUACCUACAGGUUUCAUUAAUAAUUAUAAUAAGGCAAUUAAUAAUUUUAAAAACUGUGUUUAAAUAAAUUACUGUAAUUUUUAAAUAUUAAUAAAAAAAUAAUUUUUUGAAGUUACUAUUCAAUAUUUUUAAUGAAACAUUAUUCAACAUUUCAGCUCUUGAUUGCUUUCCUAUCAUCAAACUUUCAAUUUUAUUUAUUUCUAGAAUUAUUUAAAUGAUACCAUAAAUUUAGUUGAAGUGGGCAUGUAAAUAUAAUUAAUUCUUGAUAACUUAUAUUUCAAAAGAAUAAUGAAAAGUUUCAAGUUAUGCUUGGUUUAAUGAAACAAAUAUUUUAAUUAUCAAAUCAUUUUGAGUAAUAGAGUUUGGCUAAUAUACAUUUUGAGUUAUAGAGAUAUAAAUAUUUUUAUGUCUUAAAUGAAGGCAAUUUGAAAUACAAAAGUAAGCCAUGAAAGUCUUUAUAUAGAUGUGACACUUUAUUUAAUUGGUUGGGAUAGACAGUUCUUGUCUCGACUUCAAACACUAGCCCUCUGGAUGACACACAUGUUUGGGUCGAAACAUCAGCUAACCCCUUAAAAAUAUCUGGACUAAAAUUCCUGUAAAUUUUGUUUCAUCCCUCUAACCGAUCAAUCACCUAUAUACCUAUCUUCAAAAUAAAACAAGGUAACCAGGAUUGACUAUGGUUACUGUUACUUUGAAUGAGCUUUAACUAACUUUUUAAAGAUAGAAAACAAUUGAUUACAAAAAUUAUAGUUUCUAAAAUCAAAUUUUAUAGACUAAUUAUACUGAUGACCUAACAAAUUCAUAAUUAUCUUAUCUAUAAAUAAUAAUAAUAAGGAUAUAGAUAAGAAAUAAAUAUUGUAAUGUGACAGCAUGAUUUCAAAGUAAGAAGUACAAAAAAAAAAAGUUGGUAAAAUAAUCAAUAGAAACCUUGAGUCACAAAAAUUUGUGGAAAGCCGUUUUUCUACACAUUAAAGAUAUUUGUCAAUAAUUUAAGCUGUAUACAUGGCUUUAUAUGAUCAGAAUAGACUCUCAAACCUAUAUUAGAAAUCAACCUUUUCAAUUAAAGAAUCAAGGAAUAGCAAAACACAAGAAUGAAAUUGGUAAGAACAAAUAUAAAUAUUUAAAAUACAUACAUAUAUAUUUUUUCUGGUUUAUUAUACAAAUACACAGAAAAUACAUCAAGCUGUCAUACAGAAAGCACUUUAACAUACCAUAAUCUUUAAUGCAUAGUAGAAAAACUGAUCUCAUGAUGGGAUUACAAUCUCUGACAUUUAAAACUGUAUAACAGCUCUUUAUUUAGUAGCAACUUAAUAUUGAUACUGUAACUUGUACUCCACAUAAUAAAAGUAAGAACUUUCUAUCAACCAAAUAAACAAAGAUAAGAAUAAGAAAUGUUUAAAUAUAUAUUUUUUAGCACCUAAUAGUCCAACACAACUGCAUUACUUGAUUUAACAAAAAAAAAAAAAAAAUCGAAAUAUUGUUUUUAAAUAGAACAACUAAUACGAUGGCCAUUAAAAAUAUAAUAAUACCAAAAACUCACUUAAAAAUACCAGUAUUAAAUAUAAAAUGUACCUUACAUAAAAAUGUUCUAUUAAGUUAAUAACAUACACAAGCCAUCUGCAUUAGUUCUUUGUAACCCCUGUAACUAAAUUGUGUUUAAGCAAAAUAAAUAACUUCUUAAGAAUAAAAUAAAAGCCUUUUCAUUUUUCAAUAUACCAAGUAAUAUACUUGAAUAUGAUGUAUAUUAUUAUGGAAGAUAUGUACUGUUUAAAUAUUGAAAUUAAAAAAAAAAAAAUUAUGAGACAUACAGAUUAUAAAUCUUUUAUUAAAUGGCAUAUCUUACUUUGAGAAAAUUACUUACGUAAAUGAAAAUUAAAUUUAUUUCUGUAGAUAAAAAGUUCUACAGAAAUAUAAGACAAUUGAAACCAUGACUAAUCAAACAAAUCUUUAACUAUUUAUAUCACUUUACUUUUUUUUAAUAGCAUAAACAUAACGAAUUAAAACAAAAAUACAAAUAAAAUAAUAAAGCUUUUUGGUGAAUUAUAAAUUAAUUGAAUGUGUAAUAAAUGUACAGCUAAAUACCAACAUAAAGAAUUAUUUUCAUUAUUACAGAAUAAACAAUGUGUAAUUUUUUAAGUAGCGCUUCAUUGAAUGAUUAGUUUGGCAUUUGUGUAAGCAUAACUAUAUAUUAUGAACAUUAUGUUAUUCUAUUGCAUUUACAUAUUAAUUUUGCUCAAAUAUGUGUAAUUUAUUAGAAAGAAAUUAAUUAAAUAAACAAUAUAUUCAUUUUUUUUAAAUGUUAAUGAACAAAAAAUUUAAAUUAAGACAAGGUAAUUUAGCCACCGUCUAUUUUCUAAUUUCCUAACACCAGUAUUCC